AUAUCAUUUGUCACAAAGUCGCGCUAAUUGCCAGUCGCCAGCGUCGCGUAUGUGACAAGGCGCAUAACUCGCGGGCGGAAAAACAGCGAGCAAAGUGUUGGGCAAUAUUUCACCAAAGGUGCGCCCACUGCCGAAAUGACAUCGUUCUUCCAAGGCGCCCUGGGCGGCAACCCCUUCGCGACGCCUGUCGGCAAUCGCAUAGAAAGUGCAACGGAUGCGUCACUCGCGUCGGAAAACUGGGCGCUGAACAUGGAGAUCUGCGACCUGGUGAACGAAACAGAAGAUGGGCCGCGUGACGCGAUCAAAGCCAUCCGCAAGCGGUUGGCUACGAACGCCGGCAAAAACUACACGGUGGUGAUGUACACGCUCACCGUACUGGAGACGUGCGUGAAGAACUGCGGCCGGCGGUUUCACCUGCUCGCGUGCGGCAAGGACUUCAUACAAGAGCUGGUGAAGUUAAUUGGACCGAAGAACGAUCCACCCACGGCCGUGCAGGAGAAGGUGCUCAGCUUGAUUCAGUCCUGGGCGGACGCGUUCAGCAAUCAGCCGGAGCUCGCUGGCGUCGUUGCCGUGUAUCAGGAUCUGAAGGCUAAAGGUAUUGAGUUUCCAGCCACUGAUUUGGAUUCGAUGGCACCUAUUCACACACCACAAAAGAGUGUUGAAGCAGACGCACCACCAAUGGAAGGCGGCGGCAGAUCAUACCCUAGUUCACCUGCUCCUCACCUUCCUACUCCUCCAGGUGUUUUGACACAGGAACAGAGAGCUAAGUUGCAGUCUGAGUUGGAUUUAGUUCAAUCGAAUCAGGCGGUGUUUGGGGAGUUAUUGAAUGAAAUGAAGCCUGGGCAAGAGCAGCAUCCAUCAGAACUUGAACUGUUGCAAGAAUUAAACACAACGUGCCAUAAAAUGCAAGAACGUCUUGUCGAGUUGAUAAGUAAACUAUCCAAUGAUGAACUGACCGCUGAAUUAUUGCGAGUGAAUGAUGACAUGAACAACCUAUUUCUGCGAUAUAGUAGGUGGGAGAAUAAUCGCGAGGGGCGGCAAGGACAAUCCGCAUCUACUGUGUUAGGAAAAGCGAUUCCUAAACCAAAAGUAGAGGAAGAUAGUCUGAUUGAUUUUGGUCCGCCCGAGGAUUUAACGGAUCAACUUAGCAAAAUGGGUGUGACUGGUGUGAGUGCCUCAGACCAACUUGCGAGUGUUGGAACAGUUAAAGCAACAAAUGGCCCGCCCGGAAAUGAUGAGUUUGACAUGUUUGCGCAGUCGCGGAAAGCUUCCUAUGAAGGCAACAAAACAACUGGAAGUAGCUACAAGGAUAAUCUCGAACCAGAUCAGCUCGCCGGUGGUUUAUCGACCGCCACUCAAAACCGGAACCCUGCUGAUCUUGAAUAUGACGAAAUGGCGGCUUGGUUGGGUGAAGCUACAACUGAAGAAUCAGUAACAAGCAGUGAGUUUGACCGGUUCCUCGCUGAGCGAGCAGCCGCAGCGGACGCGUUACCAUCGAACACGAGCACCACCACCGCCUCCAGUAAUCGAACGCCGAAGAAAGAGGACAAGGAAGGUUUGCUCGCACGCUAGGUAAAGCAUUUAGUGCAAUAUGAGGGGUAGCUGAUAACACAGGAUAACUAACAUAUUAAUCAGUGCAUUAAGUCAGUUUUAAGUGGUUGAAAACGUUGAGUAUUAAGUCAUACGUUGGAAAGUUAAGUUUAAAGGUUUUGUUUUGCGAGCGGUCGCGCUCGUGCAUUUUUAUGUUUACCGACGAGACAAAUAAUUUGGUUUGUUUGUUUUUCAAACACGCGUGUCACUCUAACGACUUAUGCUUCUUGAUAAACAUUAAACUCAACAAACAACCGAUUAAACAGAUAACAAAAACAAAAUCUAUACACUAAAGUAUUCUACAAAUGAGCUAUUCGCAUGGUACCAGAGAAACAUUUGUGAUUGAUUUUAAACAAAAAAGAUGACGACGCGGAAAUUUGAUGAAAUUUUAUCAAAAUUAUGAAAUUGUUGUACUUAUAUGGUACAUUGAUCCAUUAUUAUGAAUGUACAUAUUUGAUAUGCUUAAAAGUUCUGUAUAUUUUAUAAAUGUUUUCUAAUGAGGCGUGCGGCAUGAUGUGUGAGGGUGAAAUUUGUUGGUAUGUGGUUAGAGGUGGAGAUUGAGAAUUACUGGUCGGUGUAACGCGGCACGUCACUGGAUUGGCGACGUGCGGCGGAUUAGAAAUAAUUUACAUAUUAAAUGGUUGUAAAAUGUAGCAUAGAUUUUUACCAAAGAGUUUGUCAUGUACUCGACUGGAAGAUGUGAAUAUCUAUUAUGAUUUUGUGAUUAUCGUAGUAUUGAGUAUCGAUGAGCUGGGAUUCGGACCGGAAUCUAUAUUAAUUUUUAUCUCUAAUAUUUAACGAAAUAUGAAUAUAUUAUAUGAGAUGCGAGCAGGGCGUAAACAUUUUUAAUUAUAACGAAUGUACUAAUUGACUCGAGGCGUAAAAAUACAUAAUUUAUGGUAAAA